GAUCCUUCGCAGUCUGUCUGCUGUUCAUGUUCCAGUUGACUGUGUUUCCUCCUAAACACUCGUCUUUUUUUUUUUACCUGAGCAAGGCUGGGUCUUGUCUCACGGAUGUUGAACUUCUCUGUGGAGUUUCUCUUCGACAUUACUUUUGCUGCGUUGUGUCAGAAACCACACAAAGAGCCUCCGUGUUUCCUCGAAGCUAUCAUGCUGAACGCCGAGGAAAGUUCCUGGUUAGCGGGGUCUCGGCUGACCAGCUCAAACCCUCUGGCUCCAGGGCCUCUGUGGUGCUCCGAUGCCCCUCACCCACAGCUGAAGAUCCCGUGUGGGCGAGGGACUGUCAGGGAUCACUCUUUCGGCGUGCUACUACAUAAGGAUGCAAAGUUAACCGUAACACAGGGCUCUGCAGCGAGUGGGAACCCCUCUCGUCUACUCUUUCACUACCAGCUGAGUGAGCGACGCUCGGCCUCCUGGAACACGGUUCUAUCAGAAGACAGCCUUUUCCUGGAGAUCCCUGCUGGGGCGCUGGUCGAGGGGAGCAAGGAGGGGCUAACGGCUCUGCUGGAGUUUGCAGAAGAGAAGCUCAAGGUUAACUACGUCUUCCUGUGGUUUCAUAAAAACAGAGAGGAUCGAUUGUCCAUCAUCAGGACGUUCCAUUACUUGGGCUUUGAGAUGGUGAAGCCAGGCAACCCAAUGGUACCAGCCCGGCCUGAUCUGGCCUUCAUGGUUUACUCUCUGGAAAACAGCAGCAGCUCAGACGAGGAGUGACUCCCACAUCAAGUCCUGACCCCACACACACACACACACACCGCUCAUCACUAACUGGGAGGUGACGCCCCUUUCUUUCACAGACUUGUGAUUCGAGGUGCGUCAUCAUGAUUUCCAUGUGACAAUGACGCCGUUACCUCCCCCUUCCCCCCCCCCUUCCCUGAGAGAAACUGCAGACUGGAGAAACAGGAGCAGGUGACGGUUGAACAAAGUUGUCGCAUGCAUUGUGGGAUUUUUUUUUCUUUUUCUGCUUGGUGUUUUUUUUCUCUUCUGCUUCUUUUCUCUGCCAUAUUGUCUGUUUGUGUUGCCACUGACGAGACGAGACAAACGGCGGUUAGACAUUCAGCGUAAGGUGGUGUUUUACAUUAAAAUGCAGCAUAUCUAACACCUGACAGCGUUCCACCUGUAUCUGAGAUUUUAAGAAGUUUUUGGUUUGUUUAUGUGCUGUAUACCAUGCAAGCUGUAUUUCGAAGGAGUAAAAACGGAGAGCAGAGGCUGGGUAUACUUUUUAAAUGUUGUUUAGCAUUAUUAUAUAGAUGGGGUGAAUGCCAGGUCUGUUAUCAUUAAAGCACAUGUAAAGUUUUAUUUAGACCUCUUCCUAAAAUAUGUCAAAACAUCAUUCCAGCACAUGUCAUUAGCUUAGCACAAAGUCUCAGUAGAUGUGGCAAAGCUGUGCUGAAGUCACAACAGGGUGCCACUUUGUAUUUCACACAGAAACACAUUUUAUCAAAAGAUAUUAAGCUCAAUAAUGAAUGAGAGAGUCCGGUUAAAAGCUCCACUCGCUGUAACUUCAAUUAAAAAGUGCAUGUAAAGGUUUAAAUCUAGUGAAGCUGCCGCCCGCUCCCAUCAACGUCACAGAGCUAAACAUCCAGUUUAAAAAAUGGAAAACCUGAAUCAGAAUCUCAGAAUGCAGCAGUAUACUGUUAUUGUGUGGUACUGCUGAACCAUGUAAGCUACCGCCCGUGUCCCUUUUUUAUAUUCUCAUUUGCUUGAUGUUGUAAAUGCUGAGUACGGACACGCUAUCGACUGUGCAAGACCAAAAAUCUGUGCUGCAACUUUGAAAAUUGGUUUGAAUGUCGGGUUUGAACCUGGAAUGUCGGGUUUGAACCUGGAAUGUCGGGUUUGAACCUGGAAUGUCAGGUUUGAACCUGGAAUGUCGGAUUUGAACCUGGAAUCCCUUUAGAGCAGAGUUGAGAUAUGGUGGGUUUUUAAAAUAAAAAAAAUGGAUGUUUAUCUCAGUGAUUUGAAUGUGAUGGUGACACAGUGGGGCCACGUGAGCUUGGCUCAGCCCUGCAGGUCGGUUUCAGUAACGGGGCUUUUUGUGCCUAAAAGGAGGAAAGUGCAAUGUUAAUUUUUUUUUUUUUUUUUGCUCUGGAGUCUUAUUGAGAAAUGUCUUUUAUUAUAAUCCAUUUAUUUUCAUCCCAUAAGCGGUUCAACCCCACAUUGUUGCUCAUUGUUGAGUAAAACUACAGCACUUGGCUUUCAACAUGUAUAUGCAAUUAGUUAAAACUUUUUGUUUUGUGGCUUUUUGUGCAGACGUUGACACCAAAGAACUAAUUCUGUCUGCUGUUGAUUUUAAAGUCAUAUUUAGCUUUUAAACUGAAUUUAAACCUAGUGUGGUAUAUAAAGCAAUAUUACCCUACAUUCCCCACAGCAGCCAUUAUUGCCCUCGUGAUGACACACAUGAUGGUAGACUGUUCAGGUUGGAGUUGGGAAGGGCCUUAUUUUUCUUCAGAGUCUUCAUUGCUACUGAUUGAACCAUGACUAUAAGCUGUUAGGAAAUGUCAAUAUUUGAUUUUUUUCUCAGAGGUAUAUUUUUAUCUACAUAUAUUUCCCAAAUGUCUUUUGUGAUAGCUGUGGGAUUUGUUUUUAGUUUUCAGUGAUUUAGAUUGCAGACAAUCCACAUGUGUAUACUUCAGAUUUUUGUCUUGGGGAGGGGGAAAAAAACAAUAAAAGUUAAUAUCUACUGUA